GCGCACCCGCGGACGCUGGCCCUCGAGUGCCCCUUCUGCCGCCGGGCCUGCCGGGGCUGCGACACCAGCGACUGCCUGCCGGUGCUUCACCUCCUGGAGCUCCUGGGCUCGGCGCUCCGCCCGGCCCCCGCCGCCCCCCGCGCCGCCCCCUCCGCCCCCGGGGCCUUCACCUGCCACCACGCCUUCGGAGGCUGGGGCACCCUGGUCAACCCCACGGGGCUGGCGCUGUGUCGCAAGACCGGGCGGGUCGUGGUGGCGCACGACGGCAGGAGGCGGGUCAGGAUCUUUGAUUCCGGGGGAGGAUGUGCUCAUCAGUUUGGAGAGAAGGGGGAGGCUGCUCAGGACAUUAGGUACCCCCUGGAUGUCACCGUCACCAACGACUGCCAUGUGGUUGUCACCGACGCUGGCGACCGCUCCAUCAAAGUGUUUGAUUUUUUUGGCCAGGUCAAGCUUGUCAUUGGAGGCCAGUUCUCCUUACCCUGGGGUGUGGAGACCACCCCUCAGAACGGGGUCGUGGUAACUGAUGCGGAGGCAGGGUCCCUGCAUCUGCUGGAGGUCGACUUUCCGGAAGGGGUCCUCCGGAGGACCGAGAAGUUGCUAGCUCAUCUGAGCAAUCCCAGAGGGGUGGCCGUGUCUUGGCUCACUGGGGCCAUUGCCAUCCUGGACCACCCUCUGGGGCCGGGGGCUGGAGGCACCACGGUGAAGGUGUUCAGCGCAAGCAUGCAGCUCGUCGGCCAGGUGGAUACCUUUGGGCUGAGCCUCUUUUUCCCUUCCAGGAUAACUGCCUCUGCGGUGACCUUUGAUCACCAGGGGAAUGUGAUCGUGGCAGAUACUUCCAGCCAGGCCGUCCUGUGCUUGGGAAAACCUGAGGAGUUUCCGGUCCUGAAGCCCAUGAUCACCCAUGGUCUUUCCCAUCCUGUGGCACUGACCUUCACCAAGGAGAACGCUCUUCUUGUGCUGGACAGUGCGGCCCAUUCUAUAAAAGUCUACAAGGCUGACUGGGGGUAAUGGGGUUGGGGGGCGGGUGCUGGGGCCUCGAAUCUGAAGCCCUGGAGCUUCCACUAAUGAAUUGUUGAACCCUGGAUCCAUCAACCUCAUUUAUCCCGCAGGGAUCAUUAUAACUGCCUGGCAAACUUAUAAAGGUUGAGGUAAUUAUUAAAGAAUAAAAAUUAAAUCUACUGUU